AUAUCCAAAGCAAAAACACUUUUCUGGCAAAGCAAGAAAUUGCAUAUAUGAUGAGCAUGAAGAAGAAGAUGGCAGCCAACACACUUGCAUGCAUUGCCCUCUUGGCUGUGGCUUUUUCUUCAGUUUCUGCUGCUGAUCCCAGCCCUUUGCAGGACUUCUGUGUUGCUCUUAAUGAUUCCACGGAAGGUGUGUUCGUUAACGGAAAAUUCUGCAAGGAUCCAAAGCUUGCGACAGCCGAUGAUUUCUCCUUUUCGGGACUGAAUGUGCCUGGAAACACAUCGAAUCGGGUUGGUUCAAAUGUUACAUUAGUAAAUGUUGAUAAACUCGCUGGCCUUAACACCCUUGGUAUCUCAAUAGCCCGUUUGGAUUUUGCGCCGUAUGGUCUCAACCCUCCUCACACGCACCCUCGCGGCACUGAGCUCCUUACUGUCUUGGAGGGCACCCUCUUUGUUGGUUUUGUCACCUCAAACCCGGAAAAUCGCCUAAUUACCAAGGUUCUUAACCCAGGUGAUGUUUUUGUGUUUCCCGUGGGACUCAUUCACUUCCAGUUUAAUGUUGGAGAAACCAAUGCAGUGGCCAUAGCUGGUUUAAGUAGCCAGAAUCCGGGAGUCAUCACUAUUGCAAAUGCAGUUUUUGGUUCAAAGCCGCCCAUCUCUAUUGAUGUCCUGACCAAGGCCUUCCAAGUCGACAAAAAUGUCAUCAACUAUCUGCAAGCUCAAUUCUGGAUGGAUAACAACAACUAAAAUGAUAUUUAUUAUGCCUUAAAUAUUUAUUGUGUUAGCUUUAAUAAAUUGUUUGUUGAGGUAUAAAGAGAAUUAACAUUGUCAUGCAUUGACAAUCCCAAUGUUAUAGAGGGAUCCAAUCGUUUGUAUGUGCUAGUAUUUUUAAUUAAUACAUGUACUCGUGUUUUGUAAUUGGUC